AUGUCCUCCAAUGGUCAAUCUUUCCUCCUAGACCCCGAGAAGCAAGCCGGACCCACCAGAUACUCCCACGCACGGGUCGUCCAGCCCUCCACCCAUCAUACAAUUUACAUCUCCGGCAUCGCUGCUGUGAGGCCGGAUGGGACCUACGAAGGAGUUGUUGAGAACCCUGACGGGAGCUUCAUAGCCGAUGUGAGGGAACAGACUGCUGCUGUCUUGAGUCGAAUCGACAGCAUUAUCCAAGGAGCGUCCAAAGGGAAAGCAAAUCUCUACAACAUUGUUGAUGCGACGGUAUAUAUUUUGGACAUGAAAACACAAUAUGCUGGGAUGAAUGAGGAAUGGAAUAAAAUUUGGGCAGAUCGAGCGAGCGCCCCGAGCCGGGCGACCAUCGGAGUGAAGGAGCUUCCGGAUCCUCGCUUUAUGGUUGAAAUCAAGGCUACAGCAAUUUUCGAGGAAUGA